CUCUUGAUACAACCCUGCUCGACCAUCUUCAGCACAAUGUCAAGCGCAGUAACUUCAGUUAGCGGGUACGGCUCCCCAGCUUCUCCAAUCUCACCAGUACCCCAUGUCUCCGCAGUGCCGCGAGUCUCGCCUGCGCCGUCUGCCUACGUUCACCACAGCAUUUCGAAGGCUAACCGCCCAAAGCUUAAGCCGAUAAAUGUAUUUUCCAAUGACGGCACCUUUCUCGAAUGCUUUCAGCACAUGGGGCGGGACGAGGGACAGAAGAAAAGACAAGAAGAGAUAUUCGCAAGGAAACGGGAAUUCGAUAACAGAUUUAGAACGCGGGGCAAGCGUUCCCUCCCUCCUGUUGAGAACUCAAAUGAUGCCGCAGACACUCCCAGCAAGAAGCGGCGCACAGAUAACCAUUCACCGAAGCGAGCUCAGUAGUUACGCAGGCUAUGACCUUAGGGAUAUCGUCGCGGGCGUUCGACUGUGUGUGGAAUGAGUCGAGGUGGUUAUAAUAAUGGACAUAUACUAUAGCGUACGUGGAGAUUCUGAUCGGCUGGUUGGUGUCUACAUAUGUACCGACUGUGACGGUAGUGCGAUUCUAGCAUCACGUCUUUACUCUUGUGACCUGUUACAUUAUCGUUGACCAAUGUAUCCAGAUGCUCGAGC